AUGAGAAAUCGAUUGCAGAGAUUGUCGAGAUCAGCGUUGCCGGCUCUGCAACUGCGUAACGUCUUCCGUCCCGAGGAUCCCAUGCAAACGUCGAUCGCUUCGGAGCAAUUUAUGGAAGGAUCCACGUUCUCCAAUGCCUCAUGGGGAGAUGGUGACGCUAUGGUGUGCUCUCAUGCGACCUACAUUGUUCCUCCUGGCCGCAGUGCACUCGACGAGGUCGAAGAUUGCGAUUUGAUGAGCAUCCCUGCUCCGAAGUCUAUUCUCAGCUAUAGGGAAAGAGAGCCAGAGGAGGAAGUAACGUUAGGCACGUCUGUGGUUCUGGACGAGUCUCGCGUCGGCGUCGAGAAUCUUCCGGUUGUAGAAAGACGAUGA